AGCCAUCAUCUAUCGUCGAAAUGGUUAGAUCUAAAUUUAAGGACGAGCACCCAUUUGAAAAACGCAAAGCAGAAGCAGAGAGGAUUAGACAGAAAUAUCCUGAUAGAAUUCCUGUAAUUUGCGAGAAAGGCGAUAAAACUGAUAUUCCUACGAUCGACAAGAAGAAGUACUUGGUUCCAUCCGAUCUUACCGUUGGACAGUUCGUAUACGUUAUUAGAAAGAGAAUAAAAUUGGCUCCAGAGAAGGCCAUCUUCAUUUUCGUCAACGAGGAGUUACCGCCAACUGCAGCACUAAUGAGCGCAAUCUACAAUGAACACAAAGACGAAGAUGGUUUCUUAUACGUUACUUACUCGGGAGAGAAUACUUUUGGUUAAUGUCAUGACGCGCUUUUUAGCAUAAUUAAUAUCAAUAACGACUAACCUGUUGACGAACUUUGACAAAUGUUUUACUUUAUUCACUUUCACACUUCUUGGUAUCCGCGGAAUAGUCAAACAAAUGAAAUACCCUUAUCGUAGCCGAAUUCUGUCUUAUUCUUUAUAUAUAUAUAUGC